CCAGCACGGGAAUUUGGUGAUUGGACCCGCGAUCUUCCAGUUUCGCCGACAGGAGAACCCGAAGCCUCCUGUCGCUGUUUGGAAAGAAAGAAACAAAAACUAAACCUUGGUGGUCAUGGAUCCGCGUGCAGCUCUCAACAGUAAAGUGAGCCGGAUAUCCGUCACGGCAAGGCUCCUCGUUUCCCUCCUGCUUCUUUGCAGAUGUCAAAACAGUCUCUGCCAGUCAUCCUCAGAAGCUGAGAAGGAGGUGGGCACCAACGACAACAGCACAGUCUUCACCAGAAUCCUGGACGGGCUCCUGGACGGUUACGACAACAGGCUUCGGCCAGGGCUCGGAGAGAAUGUCACAGAGAUCAAGACAAACAUUUUUGUCACCAGCUUUGGCCCCGUGUCUGACACGGAGAUGGAGUACACCAUAGACGUGUUCUUCCGUCAGAGCUGGAAGGAUGAGCGCCUGUGCUUCAAAGGGCCCAUGGAGAUGCUGCCAUUAAACAACCUGCUGGCCAGCAACAUCUGGACCCCAGAUACUUUCUUUCUUAACGGCAAGAAGUCUAUAGCUCACAACAUGACCACGCCCAACAAGCUGCUGAGGCUCAAGGAUGACGGCACCUUGCUUUACACUAUGAGAUUGACCAUAUCAGCAGAAUGCCCCAUGCAGCUGGAGGAUUUUCCCAUGGAUGCCCACGCCUGCCCUCUCAAAUUUGGCAGCUAUGCCUAUCCUGUGUCAGAGGUCGUCUACACUUGGACUGAGGGAGCUAAAGAAUCUGUGGUGGUGGCAGAGGAUGGCUCUAGACUCAAUCAGUAUCAUCUUGUUGGACAAAGUGCUAACACAGAGGAUAUACACACAAGCAGGGGACAGUAUACAGUGAUGAUGGCCCAUUUCUUCCUGAAGAGGAAGAUUGGAUAUUUUGUCAUCCAGACGUAUAUGCCAUGUUUCAUGACUGUAAUCCUGUCCCAGGUGUCAUUUUGGCUGAACAGAGAGUCAGUUCCUGCCAGAACUGUUUUUGGGGUGACCACUGUGCUGACCAUGACCACCCUUAGCAUCAGUGCGAGGAACUCGCUCCCCAAAGUGGCCUAUGCUACAGCCAUGGACUGGUUCAUUGCCGUCUGCUAUGCUUUUGUCUUUUCUGCCCUCAUUGAGUUCGCAACAGUGAACUACUUCACCAAGAGGAGCUGGGCUUGGGAUGGCAAGAAGGCUAUGGAAGCACAACACCCUAAGAAACGAGACCCGAUGGUUCUGUCCAAGAAGCCCAACAACGUGUGUUCGGCAGGUGUCAACUACACCCCCAACCUCACCAAGGACACGUCCAUCUCCACCAUCUCCAACACGACGUCGGUACACCUGCGUUCUGCUGAGACCAAGACGAUGGACCCCAAGAAGACCUACAACAGCGUCAGCAAGAUCGACAAGAUGUCGCGGAUAGUGUUCCCUGUCCUCUUCGGAACCUUCAACCUCGUCUACUGGGCCACGUACCUCAACAGAGAACCGUUGUCGAAAGGAGUUGUCAUCUCAACGUAAUCGCUCUUCUUAUUGUUCCUUUCUUUUUCAGGGGCGUGGGG